AAAGAGUUGACAUCUCCUUGUGGACGGCCGUUCUGAUUGAUUGUUCGUCAACAGAAUGGAGACGAAAAUUGUUGAAAAUGUGAUGGACCAGGAGGUUUUCGAAUCGAUUGUGCAGCAAAAGGGAUUUUACGAAAAUGCAGCUAAAUACUGGGAUGGUAUACCACCUACGGUUGACGGUAUGCUAGGAGGUUUUGGAUACAUUUCAAAGACAGACAUCAGUGGCUCGAAACUGUUUCUAAAGUCCCUUUUCAAGAGUCAAGAAGGUUUGGGAAGGGAACGAGCUUUGGAUUGUGGUGCUGGUAUUGGCAGAAUUACAGGCAAUUUGUUGGCAAACUAUUUUGACGUUGUUGAUCUGGUGGAGCAAAACCCAAAAUUUUUGGAGCAGGCUAAGACGUAUUUAAAAAAGUCUUCCAACAAAAUUGGGAAAUUUUUUUCUGUUGGUCUUCAAGAUUUCUGUCCAGAACCAAAUACUUAUGACGUUAUAUGGUGCCAAUGGGUGCUGGGUCAUUUGAAUAAUGAUGACCUAAACAAAUUUUUCCACAACUGCAAAAAAGGACUGAAAAAGAAUGGUGUGUUGGUAAUAAAAGAAAACGUCACAAGUUCUAAUCUGGUAGAAAUUGAUGAGGGAGAUUCAUCAAUGACUCGUCCGUACAUAGGAUUAGUGGAAGCAUUUAAAAAAUCUGGAUUUCUUUGUAUCAGCGAGGAAAAGCAGCAAAGUAUGCCACAAGGACUUUAUCCAGUUUAUAUGUUUGCAUUGAGGCCUUGUGAUAGUGGAAGCUGAGGUUUUAUUUAUAUAGUAACAAGUAUUUAUUUUUUUAAAAUAAUAUACGGUUUUUCA